AUGGCUGGCGAGUUCGACUACGAGGUGUCACGUAAAAUAUGGGAAGCAGCAGUACCUAUCGAAUUCCUAGUGGAGCGUGAUGAUGAUUCUGGUGACGCUUGCCGACCAUGUUAUGCAAUGCUUCCACGAUGCAGUUAUUUCUCUCUUCAUCUUACAAGGUCUUUGAAGGAAGCAAACUACCUAAAACGUCGGAAGGAUCAGGUAGUAAGUACUAUGAAAAUCGACGAACACAAACAGCUCUGGUCAGGACUUGUACAUGAUCGCUUCGAUGAAUUCUGGAGUAUUAACCGGCGUCUCAUGGAGUGUACCGAAGAGCGACCAUUCCAUGACAUUCCCAUUCGGCUCUACAUCACUGGGCAGCCAUUCCGUCAAGUUCCACAACCACCGCACGAUGAGAACGGCGAGCCUCGAACCCUGUCACACGCACUAGCGUCACUUUCUUCUGAUCUCGUGGAAGACGGGAAGUAUCGGUUUAUAUCUCACGGUAUCACUCUUCCGCUAGAAACACCCCUCACUUAUUUAGGCAAAAAUUUUGCUUAUCCGGAUAAUUUUGUGCAUAUAUGUGCUGUUUCCGACAAUAGCACCUGA